UCGUAAGUCUUGCUUGUAGAGCCCUUUUCUUCCACCUUUAAAGCUCCCAAGAUCUCUUUAAACCUCUUAAAUCUUCUCUUGGCCCAUGGUCCAUGUAGAGAUCUAAUUUAAGCUCGAGUGACGUCAUGUGGGGUGAGCUGGUUCGCAUCAGCUUCCUCUUCCUCUGCCGCAUUGUUCAGUUGAUGAGCUUGGGCUCCAUCUUGCCUUUGGUUCCCCGCCAUUUCUACUACAACGACAAUUUCAACUUCCACUUCUUCAACUUCUUCUCAAUUAACAUCGGGACCCAAAUGUUGUCCCCUUACUUCACUCCUUCUCCUUGCCUCCGCUAGCUCUCUCUCCCUUGAUAGGAGACGGAGAGUUCAGUUUAUGUCCUCGUCAAGUGGUAGCAAAGGUGUCGGGUUACUCCGAGUCAUGCACCACCUACACACAAUUGGAAAACACACCAAGUCUAGCAUAAGCAAAGCACACACACUUUCAAAACUGGAAAUUAAAAAGCUAGAUUAACACCAAACAACUUUUGCAAGAUAACACACCGUUGUCCUCGGCAACGGCUCCAAAAACUUGACUCGUCCAGAAUACCAAAACAAUCUCCCCCCUAAGGUCCAAGUAAAAACUUUAGUCGGGUGCAGUAUAGGAUAAGUAUGUUUAAAUAUCAACUCGAGCUGGUCCGUCUACCCCUACUUCAGUCAUUUGAAUCAAUAUCUAGCAACAAAGUUUUGGUUGAAAAGUUUGAUAAUUAAAGUAAAACAAGACAAAGGUGAAUGGUUUUGAAAGCUCGUUUGUGGAAGGAUCACUCGGGUGUCGCUUCCCCUAACUACUACCAUGGUAUGUGAACCGAAAUAAUUGCUAUAGGCAAGGUGAUCGCUAACCGCUAGGGGACGCAAAUAUGGUCGUAGACCACACUCGUGAUUGCUAAACCAAGGCAUGCAUUAUAGGCUUUCCCUAGGCCCUCUCGAUUUAGGCAAUCAAUGGUUGACUUACUCCCUCACUAAACCCAAGGGUUGGCCGGCUUAAUCGCGCUUAACCAAAUUGCUUAAUCCAAUAUUGAGGUUUGCCCUAAAUUAACCUAGUUAGAAGACUUGAAAAGCCCUAGGGAUACCAACUCGAUUGAGACUCCCUUGGACCUCUCUAGACUAGGUUAAGUGGCAAAUUAGAUUGCUAAGCAUAAACAUGCACAAUCCUUAGGUUGCUAAGCAUAGACAUGCACAAACCUAAGGAUGCUAAGCACAAACAUACACAAUCAAGAUGAAUAAUACCUCAAACAUUUGGAUUAAACAAUACCCAAUGACAAUCAUUCAUUUCACAUAAAAUAAAACUACAUGGUAGAGUUAGUGUUUCACAACACGCAAGUGAAAAGAAUUCUACUCCAUGCUAGAGAUGGGAGAAACACAAGGAGAAGGGGUAGAAACCAUCUUGGAGGAGGCUUCCAAUCUUCUUGGCCCUUUUGUUGAACUUUCCUUGGAGGAAAUCUUCCCAAAAUCCACCUUGGAGCAAAACCCUAGCCUCCUUCUUCUUUGUUUCGUGUUUCUCUCUCUAGAAACUAGAAGAAGGCUUUCUCACACAAAUGGGCUCUCCCCUCUCUCUUCCUUUCAGAUUAGCUUUUAAACAGGGAAUGGGCUGUCUUCACGGCCCCAGUUCACGGCCGUGAACACUGAAACGCUUCCGUGAACUCCAAUUGGGCGCCUAAACACACCACUUUGCUUCCUUGUGUUCACGAUCCACAGAUCCUGUUCAUGGUCUUAGUGACCGUGAACACGUCUUGCGUCAGUAACUUACAUUUGGGCUCUGGACGCCUCAAGGUUAACGGCCAAUGGUUCUUCUUCACAAUCAAGUAAACUGUGAACAUCCCAAGAAAACCGUGAUCUCACACCCUUUUUCACCUCUUCUCUCGGGUUUCGAUCCUUUUCGUCCAACUUUCGACUCCGAGGCUGGUUUCACCUGUUAAAUCCUGAAACCCUAAAACACGAGAAACCUAGAGUAAAACCAACCUUUUAGGAGCGAAGUUGCCACAUACGACUAAGGAAAACGGGGGCAAAACAUGUACAUUUAGGCCCGAAUCAAAGGCUGGCUUUGAAGUAUCGAGCAAGACGGGUGAUGUAGGGACCCAUCGAUGUGACAUAACGAUGGUUUCCCCCCUUGGACCUGGCAAAAGAAGUGGCAAUGACUGAACCUAGGUGCAUAGUGCUAGAUAGGUCCACCAUGCAAGAACAAGCCAAUAAGAUUCUUUCGGUUAU